UUAAAGACUUUCAACGCACGAAACGUUCAAGUCAAAUAAACGACCACAGAUUUGGUGGCACCGAAAGAGGGAGAGAAAGAAGUGGUUAUGGUUUUCAACAGUGCGGUGGUUGUGGCUGUAGCAGACAUCUCCACCGACACGUGGCAGUUGAUGUGGAGGGUUCCGACGUCGCAGAGGAUCAAUACAGAGCAGCUUAUGGACAUGGCGUUUUGUUACCCGAUGUAUCAGUUGAGUCGUCUGGUUCUCUGUUUAUGGACUUUCAUGUGCCUCCCUCCUGAUGAUUCCUUCUACUCCUACACCUACGAAUCUCAAUCUGCUUCUUCUUCGUUUACUGACUAUCAUAAUCACUACUCCCAUUCAUAUUGACAUUUUGCUGACUUUUUAAAUCCUUUCUAUACCUUUUCUGAGCUGUAUGAUAAGGGGAUGCCUCUGUUUCUUGAAACUGUUACAAUCUUUUUCUUGUUUUUUUUUU